UCACACUCGAGAAAGAAGAAGAAGAAGAGUGAAGUCGCUAAAAUCCUUUUAUGUUAUGAUGAGUCAAGAUAACAAAGACGAAAGCCAGAGUUCUGGUGGUGGUGAUGGUAGUGGUGGUGGGCCCAUGGGGCGGAGGCCAAAAGAACAAGCUUUGAAUUGUCCUAGAUGUGAUUCUCCCAACACCAAGUUUUGCUAUUAUAACAAUUAUAGUCUUUCGCAACCAAGACAUUUCUGUAAGACUUGUAGAAGGUACUGGACUAAAGGGGGCGCAUUACGCAACGUUCCAAUAGGUGGUGGUUGCAGGAAAAACAAGAAGAUAAAGACUAGUUCAUCUUCUUCAAGAUUUUCUGGGGAUUCAAAAGAUACAAUUAGUGGUUCUUCAGAUAUUGGUGGACUUAAAUUUUUUCAUGGUCUUUCACCAGCUAUGGAUUUUCAACUUGGAGGAUUAAAUUUUCCAAGAUUGAGUAAUAAUACUUCAACAUCAACAGUUGGUGGAAGUAUUUUCAACCAAUUUACUUCAUUUGGUGAAAAUUCAACUCCAAAUAUUGGAUCAACUUCUUGUUUUAGUCUUGAUCCUUCAGGAAGUUCUUUAUUGGGAUUCAAUAAUAAUUUCCCUUUCUCAAGUUCUAUGCUAAAACAAGGUACUGAUGGAGUUCAAGAAAUGGGAUCAAUGGGAGUUCAUCAUGGUACAAUGGCAUCUUCUAUAGAGUCUUUGAGUUCAAUAAACCAAGAUUUGCAUUGGAAAUUACAACAACAAAGAUUGGCCAUGCUAUUUGGUGGUGAAAAUCAAAAGGAAAACAUUGUUUCAUCAUCAAUCCCUCUUCAUGAUGAUCAAAACCAAAAUCAAAACCAAAACCAAAUCCAAAUCCAAAAGCCACAACCAAUUUUGUUCCAAAAUUUGGAGAUUUCAUCAUCGAAACAACAAGAAGAUCAUCAAGAAACAUUUGGAAACAACAAUGUUGAUUCAAGAAAAGAUUGUAGUACUACUAUGGGAAGUCAUCAUGGGAACAAUUUGUCAACUGAAUGGUUCUUUGAUAACUCAUUUGGUGUAAAUCCAAAUUCAACAAAUAGCAACAACAACAACAACAACAAUAACAAUGGAAAUGGAAAUGCAAAUGAUGAUCAAAAUGUCAACAAUUGGAAUAGUACUAUUCAAGCUUGGAGCAAUUUGAAUCAAUAUAGUACACUACCUUAAUUAAUUA